AUGGAUACACUAGGAUGGGGAUCAGGAAUUGCCUUCUCCGUGAUCUUUGGCUUCAUGGGCGGCUACAGCGGCCACCUUAUCUGGCGAGUGUAUCUCGGCGUCGACAAUUACCAGUUCCCGGCGAGGAAUUAUGGUCAUCUUGGGUUCCGCAUCUGGGGCACGAGCAUGCGAUAUAUCACCAACCGUCUCCAGGCACUAUGGCUUCUCCUGAUUCUCGGACAGGUUACAAUCCAGUUCGGUCAGAACAUUUCUCAGAUGUCGCAGUUUAAGCUGUGCCACGUCGUUUAG